AUGUACAUCAAGAGAGAGGCGGACACAGGGAAGUGGAACGAUGAGUCGUGUAUGAAGAAAAAGACUCUCUGUUUCACAGCCUCGUGUCAGAGCGACUCAUGUUACCAUGGAGAGUGUGUGGAGACCAUCAACAGCCACUGCUGUAAAUGCUUUGAGGGCUUCUACGGUGAACAGUGUGAACACGUUGUUGAAUGUAAGAUGGAGGAGGUCCCUGCUAAAGCCAGUGUCAGUUGCUCUCACCCCAAUGGGAAUUUCUCCUUUGACUCGACGUGUCAGUAUUCCUGUGAAGAGGGGUACCGGCUGAGCAGCCCCGGGCCUGUGAGAUGCACAGCCUCAGAAUCAUGGUCAGAACAGCCUCCCACCUGUGAAUUGGCCUUAUGCAGUGAGCUGUAUGAACCUGGGAAGGGUUCCAUGGCCUGCUCCCAUCCCCUGGGCUCCUUCAGCUACCUGUCCACCUGUACCUUUACCUGUGAGGAGGGCUAUGAGAGGCUGGCCUCCAGCUCUGCUACCCUGCAGUGUGGAGCCUCGGGACAGUGGAACGACUCACAGCCGCAGUGUGUUGCUGUAAGCUGCCCUACCCUCCAGCAGCCAAAGGAUGGCGCUUUCACCUGUGGAGAAGACUUCACCUAUGGAAGCAGCUGUAACUUUAGCUGCUCUGAGGGUUAUCUCCUCAAGGGGGCGAUCACGGUGACCUGCACAUCAGCUGCUGAGUGGACUGAGAAGAUACCACACUGUGGACAAUAA